AUGACACCGUCCCCGCACGGGUCGGUGACCUUGUCUCACCCGUCGACCUGGCACUUUGAUAUCGACCGGUAUAUCAACCCGUUCGUGCCAGCGCCGCGAUGGCAUCUUGUUCCAAAACCUGUGGCUCGGAUGUUGGGAUAUCGAGAGGAAUCCCCUAAGCCUUUGGGUAAUAUCCAGAUCGCUAUCUGGUCGUUUUUCGGCGCAUUUUGUGGUGUUGCGUUGGUGGCAUCAGUCUCGAAACGAGUGCCCUCGUUCGAGGCCCGUGAUGCUCCGGCCAUUAUUGGAAGUUUCGGUGCCGCCGCGGUCCUUGAGUUCUGCGCCAUCGACUCGCCCUUUGCACAGCCUCGAAAUGCGAUCGUAAGUCAGAUGCUUGCAUGCAUCAUCGGUGUCGGGAUUUCGAAGUUGUUCGCCUUGAAUCCCCAUGCCGAAAGGUAUACCGAAUUUGGGGGUGCGCUUGCAUGUGGGAUUACCACAGCGGCCAUGGUUCUCACCAACACUGUACACCCACCGGCAGGUGCGACGGCUCUUCUGGCAGUGAUAAAUCCUCAGACCGUUGGGUUGGGCUGGUUUCUGAUUCCUGUGAUGAUGUUGGGCAUCACGCUCAUGCUGGCCGCGGCUGUGCUGAUCAACAAUGUGCAGGGGCGGUAUCCGCUUUAUUGGUGGACUUCACACCCAUUGGCUGCGCGUAGGAUGGAUUUGGAGAAGAUUCAACAUGAGAAACCACCGAGUUUCCCUCGUAACUACGAGGAUAGUCUGACGGAUGUUCCUCGAAGGCUAGUGAUGGAGCGGGGUGACAUUUCGGUGCCAGAUGGAGUGACACUUUCAGUGGAAGAGACAGAAGUAUUGGAGAAGAUUAGCAAAAGACUUUAA